CUGUGCUUUGCAAAGGGCGCCUGAAGGGACAUAAAACACAAAAGUUAGAAGUUAGCGCCCGGCAGGCUCUGACGCCGGAACCGCGGGCUCGGCGAGCGGAUCGCUGGAUCCGGACGCUGCAAUAUCAGGAUACAGCGACUCUGCGGGUGGAGACCCCCAGGGGCCACCUGCAAGCCCGCGUCGGUCGGUCCCCGGCCCGGUGCGCCCCUCCGGGGAGGAAAGCUGGACUAAACCAGAGAAAGAAGAAUGAGCCUUUCCUUCUGUGGCAGUGAAGCUUCUUCCUACAACAUCUCCCAGGGCGUGUUGCAAAACCCUUGCUUCGUGGAUGCACUCAACCUGGUCCCCCAUGUCUUCCUACUCUUUAUCACAUUUCCAAUACUGUUCAUUGGGUGGGGAAGCCAAAGCUCAAAAGUCCAAAUUCAUCAUAACACAUGGCUCCAUUUUCCUGGACAUAACCUGAGAUGGAUCCUUACUUUUGCUCUUCUGUUCGUGCAUGUGUGUGAGAUAGCAGAAGGCAUCGUCUCAGAUUCGCGCCGGGAGUCCAGGCAUCUGCACCUCUUCAUGCCGGCCGUGAUGGGCUUUGUGGCCACCACCACGUCCAUCGUGUAUUACCAUAACAUCGAGACCUCCAACUUCCCGAAGUUGCUCUUGGCGCUGUUUCUAUAUUGGGUGAUGGCCUUUAUUACCAAAACCAUAAAGCUGGUCAAGUAUUGGCAGUCAGGUUGGGACAUAUCAAACCUGCGUUUCUGCAUCACUGGUAUGAUGGUCAUCCUGAACGGACUCCUGAUGGCCGUGGAGAUCAAUGUCAUUCGGGUCAGAAGAUAUGUAUUCUUCACGAAGCCUCAGAAAGUAAAACCUCCAGAAGAUCUCCAGGACCUGGGCGUACGAUUCCUUCAACCAUUUGUAAACUUAUUGUCGAAAGCAACAUAUUGGUGGAUGAACACACUUAUCAUAUCUGCUCACAAGAAGCCUAUUGAUCUGAAGGCAAUUGGAAAACUACCAAUAGCAAUGAGAGCAGUCACCAAUUAUGUUUGCCUGAAAGAGGCAUAUGAAGAACAAAAGAAAAAAGUAGCAGACCACCCCAAUUCGACUCCAUCUAUAUGGCUUGCGAUGUACAGAGCUUUUGGGCGACCCAUUCUUCUCAGCAGCACAUUCCGCUACCUUGCUGACUUGCUGGGGUUUGCGGGUCCUCUCUGCAUCUCUGGAAUAGUUCAGCGUGUGAAUGAUACUCAGACCAUGGCAAAAUCUCCAGGAACUGCAGACACCCUUUCCUCAAAGGAAUUUCUUGAAAAUGCUUAUGUGCUGGCAGUUCUACUCUUCCUGGCCCUCAUCCUGCAAAGGACAUUUCUGCAGGCUUCCUACUACGUCACCAUCGAGACUGGCAUUAAUCUCCGAGGGGCUCUGCUGGCCAUGAUAUACAACAAAAUCCUUAGACUCUCUACAUCUAAUUUGUCCAUGGGUGAGAUGACCCUCGGACAGAUCAAUAACUUGGUUGCCAUAGAAACAAAUCAACUCAUGUGGUUCUUGUUCCUGUGCCCUAAUCUCUGGGCUAUGCCUGUUCAGAUCAUCAUGGGGGUGAUCCUGCUCUAUAACCUCCUGGGGUCCAGCGCAUUGGUCGGGGCCGCAGUCAUUGUUCUCCUGGCGCCAAUUCAGUACUUCAUCGCCACGAAGCUGGCAGAGGCUCAGAAGAGCACUCUUGAUUAUUCCACAGAGAGACUGAAGAAAACCAAUGAAAUACUGAAAGGCAUCAAGCUUCUCAAGUUGUAUGCUUGGGAGCACAUUUUCUGCAAGAGCGUGGAAGAAACAAGAAUGAAGGAACUCUCCAGCCUCAAAACCUUUGCCCUUUAUACAUCACUCUCCAUCUUCAUGAACGCAGCUAUUCCCAUUGCAGCCGUUCUUGCCACGUUCGUGACUCACGCCUACGCCAGCGGAAACAACCUGAAGCCUGCGGAGGCCUUUGCGUCGCUGUCGCUCUUCCACAUCCUGGUCACCCCGCUGUUCCUGCUCUCCACGGUGGUCAGAUUCGCCGUCAAGGCCAUCAUAAGUGUUCAAAAGCUGAAUGAGUUUCUCCUGAGCGAUGAGAUCGGUGAGGACAGCUGGCGGGCAGGGGAAGGCGCUCUCCCUUUCGAGUCCUGUAAGAAACACACCGGCAUUCAAUCGAAGACCAUCAACAGGAAGCAGCCUGGGCGAUACCACCUGGACAGCUAUGAGCAGUCCACUCGUCGCCUGCGUCCUCUGGAGUCAGAGGACAUUGCAAUCAAGGUCACAAAUGGGUAUUUCUCCUGGGGCAGUGGGAUAGCUACAUUAUCCAAUAUAGAUAUUCGAAUUCCAACAGGCCAGUUAACCAUGAUUGUUGGCCAGGUGGGAUGCGGGAAGUCCUCUCUCCUCCUGGCCAUCCUCGGAGAGAUGCAGACACUGGGAGGAAAGGUCCACUGGAGCAAUGUAAAUGAAUCUGAACCUUCUUUUGAAGCAACCAGAAGUCGGAACAGGUACUCAGUGGCUUAUGCAGCUCAAAAGCCUUGGCUAUUAAAUGCUACAGUAGAAGAAAACAUUACCUUUGGAAGCCCUUUCAACAAGCAGAGGUACAAAGCUGUCACAGACGCCUGCUCCCUGCAGCCAGAUAUUGACUUGCUACCAUUUGGAGACCAAACAGAGAUUGGAGAGAGGGGCAUCAACCUGAGCGGGGGUCAGAGACAAAGAAUCUGUGUGGCCCGGGCUCUCUACCAAAACACCAAUGUUGUCUUCUUGGAUGAUCCAUUCUCAGCCCUGGAUAUACACUUGAGUGAUCACUUAAUGCAGGAAGGAAUUUUGAAAUUUCUCCAAGACGACAAGAGGACACUUGUUCUUGUGACUCACAAAUUGCAGUAUCUAACACAUGCUGACUGGAUCAUAGCCAUGAAAGAUGGAAGUGUCUUACGAGAGGGAACUUUAAAAGAUAUUCAGACCAAAGAUGUUGAGCUUUAUGAGCACUGGAAAACACUCAUGAACCGACAGGAUCAAGAAUUGGAAAAGGAUAUGGAAACCGACCAGACAACGUUAGAGAGGAAGACGCUCCGCAGAGCCAUGUACUCAAGAGAGGCCAAAGCCCAGCUGGAGGACGAAGAUGAAGAGGAAGAAGAAGAGGAAGAUGAGGAUGACAACAUGUCAACGGUGCUGAGACUCAGAACCAAGAUGCCAUGGAAGACUUGCUGGCGGUACCUGACUUCCGGAGGGUUCUUCCUGCUCUUCCUGAUGAUUUUCUCCAAGCUCCUGAAGCAUUCGGUCAUCGUCGCUAUCGACUACUGGCUGGCCACAUGGACAUCAGAAUAUAAGAUCAACAAUACGGGGAAAGCGGAUCAGACCUAUUACGUGGCGGGAUUCAGCAUUCUCUGUGGAGCUGGGAUUUUCCUCUGCCUUGUCACAUCCCUCACUGUGGAAUGGAUGGGCCUUACAGCUGCCAAAAAUCUUCACCACAAUCUCCUCAAUAAAAUAAUUCUUGGCCCAAUAAGGUUCUUUGACACGACCCCCUUGGGUCUGAUUCUCAAUCGCUUUUCAGCUGAUACCAAUAUUAUUGAUCAGCACAUCCCUCCAACCCUGGAAUCUCUAACUCGUUCAACACUCCUUUGCCUGUCUGCCAUUGGCAUGAUUUCUUAUGCUACUCCUGUGUUCCUCGUCGCACUUGUGCCCCUUGGAGUCGCCUUUUAUUUUAUCCAGAAAUACUUCCGAGUGGCCUCAAAGGACCUCCAGGAACUUGAUGACAGCACCCAGCUCCCUCUGCUCUGCCACUUCUCAGAAACAGCUGAAGGACUCACCACCAUCCGAGCCUUUAGGCAUGAAACGAGAUUUAAGCAACGCAUGCUGGAACUGACGGACACAAACAACAUUGCCUACUUAUUUCUCUCGGCUGCCAACAGAUGGCUGGAGGUCAGAACGGAUUACCUGGGAGCAUGCAUUGUCCUCACUGCUUCCAUUGCAUCCAUUAGCGGGUCCUCCAACUCAGGAUUGGUGGGUCUAGGUCUUCUGUACGCGCUGACGAUAACCAAUUAUUUGAAUUGGGUUGUGAGGAACUUGGCUGACCUGGAGGUCCAGAUGGGGGCAGUGAAGAAAGUGAACAGUUUCUUGACUAUGGAGUCUGAGAACUAUGAAGGCACCAUGGAUCCUUCUCAAGUUCCAGAGCACUGGCCACAGGAAGGGGAGAUCAAGAUUCAUGACCUGUGUGUCAGAUAUGAAAAUAAUCUGAAACCUGUCCUGAAACACGUCAAGGCUUAUAUCAAACCUGGGCAAAAGGUGGGAAUCUGCGGUCGGACGGGCAGUGGGAAGUCUUCGCUGUCUCUAGCUUUCUUCCGAAUGGUUGAUAUAUUUGAUGGGAAGAUUGUCAUUGAUGGGAUAGAUAUCUCGAAACUCCCACUGCACACGCUUCGUUCCAGGCUCUCCAUCAUUCUGCAGGACCCAAUACUUUUCAGUGGCUCGAUUAGGUUUAAUUUAGAUCCAGAAUGCAAAUGUACAGAUGAUAGACUCUGGGAAGCCCUAGAAAUCGCUCAGCUGAAGAAUAUGGUCAAAUCCCUACCAGGAGGUCUUGAUGCGGUGGUCACUGAGGGCGGGGAGAAUUUCAGCGUGGGGCAGAGACAGCUCUUCUGCCUGGCCCGGGCCUUCGUCCGGAAGAGCAGCAUCCUCAUCAUGGACGAGGCCACGGCGUCCAUCGACAUGGCCACGGAAAACAUUUUGCAGAAAGUGGUAAUGACAGCUUUUGCCGACCGCACCGUGGUUACAAUCGCUCACCGGGUUCACACCAUUCUGACGGCAGACCUCGUGAUCGUGAUGAAGCGAGGGAAUAUUUUAGAAUAUGACACUCCCGAAAGCCUCCUGGCUCAGGAAGAUGGAGUAUUUGCAUCUUUUGUUCGUGCGGACAUGUGAAGGGGCGAACGUGUACUUCAAAUAAUAUCCAGACCUACUCCGAAGUUCACCAGCCUGAACUUUAAGAAGUGGCAUCUUACUUUUUUUUUCCACAUUUAUGCUUAUGUCGAGGAACAUAAUAUCCAUCCAAUGAUGAAGCCUCUUUCCCUUUAAGGAGAGCAGAUUUUACUGACACAUAAGCUGUUUUCAGUGGAAAAAUCCAUAGUCGUGUUUUCUCAUACCGUUAAGUCUGGAGAGUGUCUCCCUGGCAUAAAAGUCAGUAUUAAUAUAUGCUUACUUGUAAGAACUUAUUUUUCUCCUUUUGUUGGUGUCCUGAGUGUUACCAGAUAAUAUAUGCAAACAAGUUUUCUAAUCAGGAAAUGAGACACUUGGGUUCAAUAUAUAUUGCAUGAGAAUCUCUUCUGUAUUCAUUAGCCUUAGUAAGACAAAUAUCUCCUUUAGCAGUCUCUUUUUCUCAUCUGAAUUGCUUCCUGUUGUCAAAAAGUUAUGGCAUGUAUUGUAAAGUCAUUGCAAAACCAAAGCGUUGGCUACAAAGAUGAUGUAAAUCUGUGGUUGUGAUCCCCAGCCCUGAGAUGCCACAUUAGUCAAAAUUUAGGAUCACACACACAUUGUAGCAUGUAUGUACAGGAACAUGUGUGUGUUGCUAGGAGGAAGAGUGGACUUGUUUUACAUGUGUAUGUCCAGUGAUAACACACAUGCACAAAUUUUAAUGUUAAAAACCCAUCAAAAAUGCAUGGGUUAUUAAUUUUUAUUAAAUGUAAACUAAUAAAUGAAAACAUAUUAAAAAGUUCCUUUCACUGUGGAGUGACAGCCAGAACUCCUUACUACAAUUCUGUGCCCUCUAGUGCAAGUAUUGAUUUUUAUAUCAGGAUCCACAUAUUACUGAUUUUUUUAUGAUGGCCUUACAUGCACUCUGGGAUUCUUAACAAUUACAGCUGAUGAAAUAAGAGAAUUUAUGUUCCCCUUCCUAUAGCUCUUGAGUUCAGUUUCAUUAUAUUGUAUAUCCAUGCUUAGAAAGUCUGUAAUGACUAUACUAUAUGAUAAAGUUUCACCUGAAUGUAGAAGCUCUGUUUAACCAAAAAUAAAUUUCACUGAAAUGAAAAAGAAAUUCUUUUAUUUAUCUUAGAUUAUCAUAUAUAUGUAUGUAUGUACAUAUAUAUACACAUAUGCAUACAUAUAUAUGAACAGCCUCUCAUUGCCUCCGGAAAGCUUAAUGAGAACAGAAUCAGCAACUAAUGGAUCUUGUGAAAGUUUUGUAGGCUGAAUUUACAUGAUGUUUGUAAUCAAGUUAAAGCAUUCUAACGGAGAAAUGGACACUUUACCCAGAGAACUAAUCCCUUGUGGUAUUUGUAAGUCACAGUAACUACUGACAGCAUCAGCCGAAGGAAAUGUGUGAUAACACUGAACUGAGAAUCCCGGUCACUGUUCUUACAGCACAGUGCUCACCAUUUCCUCAUCAAUGACAUGAAUUCAGUGUAUUUAAAUUAACAGGCUUAAUUGUUUUACCAAAACUAAACUGAUUAAAGUUGGGGGUUAUUUUUUCACUGCUUAAACAUUUAUUCUGUUACAUGUAAUACCCAUAGAAUGUAUAAAUGAUUCAGCUUAAAAUAUUUUAUACUGAGAAGGUGAUAAUACAUAGCUUAAAAUAAAUAUUUCAGUUCUUUCAGUUUUACAUAUUUUUUAAUUUCUUAAUGUUUGUUCAAAGUGAAAAUGAUCUAUAUUAAAAUAACAGAAUUAAUGAUUUCAUUGAAGCAACAUUUUUUUUCUAAGAGAAUUGUGGACUAUUAUAAUGGGACUGACAGGUUGUUUAAAAAUUAACGUAGAGGGGCUAGAGCAAUAAUAAAGUGGGUAGGGCAUUUGCCUUGCAUGUGACUGACCUGAGUUCAAUCCCCAGGGCCCCACUUAGUCCCCCGAGCCCUGUCAGGAGGAAGCUCUGAGUAUGGCUGGGUGUGACCCAAACCUCCCCAAAGAAAAUCAACAUUAUAAAAAAAAAAUCUAUUUAGCCCUAGCCCUGAUACCAGAAGACCAUUCUAAGCAGCUGGCACUUGAGCUCCGGGACCACAACUUUUGAGUCUUGUAUUCUUACACUAAUACAAGAGCCUAACCCACAGAAGGUUCUAGAAAAUAGAGCAUAUAUAUUCACUGAUGAUGUGUUGCACUCACCAUGUGCUUCUGAGUUAAUCUCUUGGCAUUUCGUGUUGUGUUUAUUUUACUGUCAAAGACACAUAUUGGCUUGGUGUUAUAUAAUAAAUUACUCUUUUGUUUCAUGAAGAGAGAGAUUGUUCUUUUACAGCCAAGACU